UGGCUGUAUGGUAGCUUCGCCCGUCGUCUUGAGGGAGGCUGCGGACAUUGGUUGCCAAAAAAGCUGGACACCUACAAGUAAUAUGCGGGCGACGCGUUAACGCGUUAACUUGGUCCAGUAGACAUGGCCUCGUUGGAUCUCGGCUGUUUCAACGAGAAGGCUAUCGUUCUGCUCAAAGGUGGUGAGUGCCAGUUAUUCGUGUAUGGACAAGUCGAUGGAUCUGUCAAUGGAAGCGAGCCGAGCCUCUCGAUUUACCUGGAAUGUCCGUCCACUGGAGACGCAUGGCACGCCAAGUUCAGCCCAGCAGUUAUCGAAGAUAUCUGCAAAAAAACGGGUAACUUCAAACGGUUCCCUGUCUUCGUGGAAAUGCUUCUAUCAUCACUCAGGAAUACAAACAAGACUGUGCGUCUGGACUUCCUAACAUCAGCAGAUGUUGAGUCGCUGAAGUCCGGCGAGGUGCCUGAAACUCGUGGUGCUGAUUUCAAAGAGCCCGUCCUCUGCCAGGAAAAAGUCUACAUGAUCUUAACCUAUGCGGUUGCAUUCGACCGUGUCCACUAUCCUCUACCGCUUCUACAUGAUAAGCAACCCAACUCCCUCGAAGAGAAUCGCAAGGGCAAUAUGAAAUUGGGAUCACAGCUACAGCACCUAGAGACUAUAGCGCUCCUCAUGCGGGAGAAUGACAGGCUGAAGCACGAAUUAAAACAUGUGGCCUGCCAGCCUUGCACGGACUCUAAUACGAAGGAAUUGCAGAGCCCGCGGACCGCGCGAGAAAGUAACGCCCAUGAAUGCUUGAAAGAGAUUGAGCGUGACCUGGAAAAGAUACGCCUGGAAUUCCCCAUGAUACAAAAGUCUUUUCGCAGAUUGCGCAUAGAUGAAAGUAUCUCAAGACUGCAUGUCAUGAUUACCUCGCUUUCCAAAGGCAUAAAGGGCGGUUCAGAUGAUGUUCGGAAGGGUUCUCGCAGGCGCACAUCCUCGAGUUCUGAAAGACACGCAAUGCACAGCAGCAGUGUCAAAUCUGUGCCGUUAGAGCGGAGAGUUUUGAGACGCUCUAACCGUAGCAAGGAGACAGUGACAUCUCGCAAUAGUGAAUAUCGCGUUGUCAAAUCGCGCCCGUUGCGCUCCCCGCCAGCUUCAAUAAGAAAAACUCCCUCGCCCUCCCGCGGGCGUCAACCAUCAGGACGAAAAUCGAGUCCUUCGGCCUAUCGUCGCUUUGAUCCGACACUGUACGUUUUAGAGAGGAAUCGCAAGCUGGAAGAGCGACGCGCACGCAGUAGGGAACGUUCCAAUAGUUCCACGCGAUCAGUCAAGUAUAGACGCGAUUCUGCAAGCGCGACUGCGACUACCGGCGCUCGUGCCAGCGGCGUAGGCGGACCUUAUGCAAAUGGAAAAAAUGUAAACUAUGACGACGUCAGCAGAAGCAGGUCAAAGUUGUCAGCAAACCGAAAACAGACGGGUGCAACCGCUAGAAUGACACUGAGCAAAGAUGAUUUUGCGGACUGGGAUUUGGACACAAAUCUGGACACUGUAGAUAUUGAUAACCGACUCGCCAGCUUGUAUGACUAUAUAUCCACAGUGAAUAACCAUUGAUCAGCAAACAGAUCUUGUACGCUUAAAU